CAGUGUAAAAGUCUAUGAAGACUGGAGAUGACUUUGCCUGCUUAUCAGUCAAGACGCCUGGCUGUCAUGUGGACAUUCUUCAGCCACCUCCUUUUGUUGAUGCACUAAAACUGAAACAUGGCUCUUCCGUCAGCACUAAGCCCAGGGAGUCUGUCUGCAGAGGAAUAUCUGGGACACAGAUGAAAAGAACUUUCUGCCUAAAGAAGAGAAACUCCUGCAAAGAUGAAUCCAGAAUCUCUGGACUCAUCCAUCCAGAGCGCCCUCUCGGCCCUCUUCCCGCCUUUCGAGGCCACGGCGCCCGUCGUCCUCAGCCAGCUGUUUCGCACUAUUGAGGAGCGUUACCACGGAGAUGCAUUGCAGUGCAUGCUAGAUUUCCUCAUCCCCUCCAAACACUUGUUGGAGAGUGUCCAACAGGCAGCAUGUGCUGGAUACUCUGAAGUGGUUUUCCGCUGUGAGGGCUGGCCUCUGUGUCUCCAUGACAAAACCGUCAUCCAGCUAGCGCCUGUAAACCCUCUGCUUCUGCGUCCUGGAGACUUCUAUCUCCAAGUGGAGCCUUUCGGGGACCAAGCGGCUCGCAUCGUCCUCAAAAGUCUUCUGGAGGGAGGCGGUCGUGAGGUGGAGGAGACCCCCGUGCCUGAAACGUCCUACCCCUGCAUCUUCACCCAGGACUGGCUGCAGGACAUCAAUGAAGGACGCCAUGGGACUCCUCUGUCACGUUGCUUGCUUUGCACAGAUCAAGGAGUAAUCAAGUUGCCCUGGGCCCAGAUAGCUAUCCCACAGUUUUUGGAUAAGCCUAAGAUCAUGCCCACGUAUCAGGAGGCCCCUCCUGAGCCAAAGAAGAUCUCAGUCACCUCCCAUUUCAACUCCUCCACCCUCCCGAUGGGAGCCAUGUUUCUUCCUGCAAAAGACAGGAUGUCGGCCUCUAUGAGAUCCGUGCACUGUUCUUCUAAACUUGUCAAAAUGGAGCAUGAAAGACGCACACCAAAAUCUUGCUCCAAACCUUUAAUCAAACCAGUGGGUUGGGUUUCUCCUAAUACGUGGGACAGUCGUAAUUAUGGAGAGAUCGAGGGGGACUAUGUGGACUUGGUGGAUAUCGCUAAAGGGAAGGCGUUGGUGGAUAAGCAUAGAGACAGCCACCCAAAUCCACCCCAUUCAGCUUUGUUCAAACCUGUGAGACCACCUCCACCUGUACCACUUGGGCAUGGUGUCCCCUGCGGACGCACCCUUCAGUAUGCAGAGGAGCCGUGUACGCCAUGCAGGGAGGGGAAGCUGGGACAGGAGCUGACCGAUCACGACUUGAAGUGUCGGUAUAGAGACUCGUACCUGGCAGCACUGAGGAACCCAGUCCCUUUUGAGAGAGGGAGUAGGGACCUACUCUCUGCCCUGGAGGAGGCCGGCCUUUGUGCAGAAGGGGAGUUAAGAUCCAAAGGAUUUGAAGCUCCGAUAGAUGAACUGAGCAUUUAUAACCACUCUAAAGAGGCCGUGAUACGUCAUGACCUCUGUCAAUACAAACCUUGCUGUGAACCAACAACAGAACACUUUGUGUCUAACCUCAAAGACCUUCCUACAAGCCCUGAGCCUGAAAACCUUAUGAAGGAAUCACCCACGGUUUUGAAAUCAACCCCUGGUUUGAGCCAGAGUCAGAGAGUUCAGACGAAACUGAUUUCCCACCAGUUAGGACAAAACACUAGCGAGCCACCGGGAUCCGAUGUGUUCUCGGAGACACGUGAUGGUGACGUAAAACCACAGCAGAAGGUGGAGCUUCUGAAACCAUCAGGGAAACACAAAGUUAAGCUGAGGUCUCUGUCCACAGUGUCAGAGACACCCAAAGGAAGUCCGCUCCUCUAUAAACUCAACAACCGGAGCCAAAGUGAUGUUUGCCCUGAAACAAUCUCCAGUGUUAUCCUGUGUAAGAAAGCUGAACUGUUGGAUCAGGUGACCAUGAAGCUGGAGAGACUGUCUCAUAAAAAAGACUCCCACUCAAGCAGGAGUGAAACUUCCUCCACCGCAGAAGGAGCUGACUCCCGACUCUUCAACUCAAAGACAGAAAAAACAUCUUCUUCUCAAACUGUGAUUCCACCUGCAGGUCCAGACUCUCCUCAGUCUCCACACACAGAAGAAUCGACUUUCAGAAGAAUCAGCGGUCUGAUUGAACUGGGCAUCAUUUGUUUACCGGGCAGCAGGGACAGGACCUGCAGAGCUAUUGUGGAGGUUCAUGGUGACAGGAAGGAGUGGACGUCACCCCUUGUAUCAGCUCACUCUGUGUGCCAGAUGCUGCUCUACCUACACUCCAUACCAAGGAAAGAGGUUCGAGAGCUUGGAAUGACUUUGGUCAUCAAUGCCAGGAAGAAGCCUCCCCCUCUCUACGUCUACAAAGCUCUGCUGAUGGCCCAGGAACAAGCUCUUCAUGCUGUGCACAGUAUCGUCAUACUGAUGGAUAAAGACACUUGUCCACGCCCUGAAAAACAGCCCGGGCUGCAGAUGGACAUGGUGACGUCUAUGAAAGCCCUCAACAAGACAGUGGAAGCCUCCCAGCUGACAUCUGACCUGGGCGGUACCUUCACUUACAGCCACACAGACUGGGUGCAGUUUCACCAGAAACUGGUUUCCUUCAUGGCUGAAUUGCGAGGCGCAGACUUCUUGUUGCAGAAGGCCAUCAGGAAAGUGGAUGGCAGCAAAAAGACUGACACCGCCCUGGAUGUGCAGCAGUGUAUUCAGGAACAGAGGUCUUCGAUGAAGGAGGUGCUGGAGGACACUCGACUGGUGACCCUGCAGAGAGAAGGAGGGGCUGCACUGGCCAGGAUGAGGAAAGAGGAGUUCAGAUUUCCACAGUCUGAAGAUUACAGAGAUGGUCUGGAAUCAGUAACAAGUCUGUACAACCAGGUGGAGGAGAAGCUCCACAUGCUGGUGAUGAGAUCCAACGAGUCCCUGCAGCACCUAGAGUUUCUCUUCAGCCUCAGAGACAUGGAAGCCAAAAUCAGCACGGCAGGGACCUUUUUCUCUGGAGAUGGUGAACAGAGACUGGUGGACUCUUACACAACAGACGAUACUCUGGUGUGCACUGAAAAGGCUCUGCAGCACUUUGAACAGUUUCUCACUCAAUCCAAGGAGAAACAACACUACGCCUUGACCCUUGUGACCGAGGCCCAGGGAAUUGUCGCUGCCAGCGACUCAAGCCCUGCCACAGAUGUUUUUCUUACCGUGAUUAGUUCUUUCAAAUCCAAUGUGGAUGGUUUUAUGUUGCGGGCGGAGAAGAGAUACAAGGACCUGGACACACUGGUGCACAUUCACCGCUUCUGUUUUCAGGUAGAGCAGGGGUGUUACUCAGCUCAGACCCUAAGCACACGCCAGAUGUAUGAAAGGAGAUUAGGUGGGGAAUUCUCCACCCUGCACUUUCAGGCGCUGAAAGCUAAGGCCUGUGCAGUGGGAUCUGGCGUUUUAAAGGUGUGGAAUGCAUCCUGCGUCCAGUGCCAAGAAGUCAGGAAGCGUCUUGAGGAGAUGCAGAAGAAGAAAGGAGCAGAUAAGAAGCAGACCCAGCAGACCACAGCUGCAGCCUCUCAAAUGGAACCUGGGGGGACGGAGAUGGAUGGGAAAAAGACCAAAUUGAGGCCAAGAGAGCACCGCAGCCAGGUAGAUCUGAGGAGCUGGGAGUCUGCUGAAGUGUGCCAUGAUUCCCCCCCGCACAAAGGCCUGGGUCGGUCCCUGAGCGAUGGAUCAUGUGUCAGCUCUCCCCUGAUGAGCAUCUCGGGCUUUUCACCUCUGAAUGUGAGACACAAACACUGUCAGGGCAGGACGCAGCCACUCCGACAAAAUCUGCAGCCUUUCCAAAAACUGCCCAUUUCCCAUAAUGAGAGUUUACAGAAACUGCAGCGGAUAAUGGAGGAGCUGCUGUCCACAGAGAGGGAGUAUGUGAAGGCUCUGGGUUACGUUCGAGAACACUACUUCCCCGAGCUGGAGAGGGCCGACGUCCCUCAGGACCUCAGGGGCCAGAGGGGGAGCAUUUUUGGUAACUUGGAAAAACUCCACGACUUCCACCAACAUCAUUUCCUGGACGAGCUGCAGAGCUGCGUGAAGGAACCCAUCAGAGUGGGACGCUGCUUCCUGCGACACAGAGAGAGCUUUGCUUUGUAUGCCCUUUACAGCAAGAACAAGCCACAGUCUGAUAGUCUUCUCAUCAAUCAUGGGCAGGUUUUCUUUAAGCAAAAACAGCUGAUGCUGGGAGAUAAAAUGGACCUGUGUUCAUACAUGCUGAAGCCUGUGCAGCGCAUCAGUAAAUACAGUCUGCUGCUGCAGGACAUGAUGAGAGAAUGUGGUCCGGGACAAACCAGAGAGAUGUCUGAGGUCCAGGCUGCCCUGGAGGUCAUCCACUUCCAGCUCCGCCAUGGCAACAACCUGCUGGCCAUGGACGCCAUCCACAACUGUGACGUUAAUUUGAAGGAGCAGGGCCAGCUGAGACGCCAAGAUGAGUUCCUGGUAACAUUCAGGAAAAAAAAGUGUUUCCGCCACAUCUUCCUCUUUCAAGAACUCAUCCUCUUUAGCAAGACUCGAAAGACGGACGUAGGAAAUGACACAUAUAUCUACAAACAGUCUUUCAAGACAUCAGACAUAGGCAUGACCCAGAACAGCGGCGACAGCGGCCUGUGUUUCGAGAUCUGGUUCAGGAAGAGGAAAACGCAGGACACCUACAUACUCCAGGCAGUUAGCCGAGAGGUGAAGGAGGCUUGGACCAAGGACCUGGAGCGCAUCCUCUGGGAGCAGGCGCUGCACAACAGAGAGGUCCGUAUGCAGGAGAGAGUGUUCAUGGGUAUUGGAAACAAGCCUUUCAUGGACAUUAAACCCAGUGAAGCAGCAAUCAGUGACAGAGCUGUCAACUAUGUACUGAUGGGAAGAUUCUCUGCAGAAAACAAGGCGCUGUCCUCUGAGGGAUCAUGUGUGGCAAAGGAUGGGCGGCCAAAAUCUGCCGGCUCAGGCACCAGUUCAUCUUCCUCCUCUUUCUCUGGAGGAAGUUCCAUGUCCCCUAUGGGAUACCGGUGUAGACCAAAGGGCAGGUCGAUGGAUGGGGUGCCUGCAGGAUACGUAUCACCCCCUGGAGCGCUGGAGGAGGACGAUCUGGACCAUGACAGCGGGAGUCAGACCUUACUAAUGGACAGCUCGGAGUCAUCAGGAGAGAGUGUGAGUGGCUUCAGCAGCUGCAGUCAUGGCUACCACUCAGCCGUUGGAGGCGAGGCGGAGGACUCCUCCUCUGUGUGUGCCUCUGUAACCACUGUUAAAGAGGCUGCGGUCGGUCACCGAGCCGAAGCUUCUGCACAAUACCACAAACCAAAUGCUUUGGCGGGAUCCCCAGACAAAGCUCAACCACCUGUUGCUCCAAAGCCCAGGCCCAAACCACAGUGCCAGGCCAAGGAUCUCCCCUGUGGCAAGGUUCAGAACACUAACGUUGGAAAAUCCACUGAGGUUUAACUUGAGAGAGAUGGUAUAAGAUCUAGAGGCAAACAAAGAAAAAGAAGAGAGAAGUCGACCAUUUUCUGCGUAGAAGAGAGAGAGACUCUUGGAACAGAAACCCUUUAAUACGAUGUGUUACUGUAAUCCAUUACCACUCUGUAAAUACAGCUUUUAAAUCCCACCACUUAGAGAACAGGUCAGAAAUGUACUGUACUCUGAGCCUGAACAGCAACACAUUUUGAAAUACACAACAUACCUGACCUGGGUCUGCAUAGUGUAUUUUAAAUCAGUGUCAUAGUUUGUUCAGAAUAUCAUAGAGUUGCUAUAAGUAUUUGUCUCUGCUCUUAAUGCUAAACUACACCUUUUUUUGAAAAUGUGGCUAAUUCACUGUGGUGAAAUAAUAAAGCAGCACAUAAUGUCAUCUUUUAUAUCUACUGCCUU